UGGGCGGAGGAGGACAUCUAAGUUCCCCGGAAGUUACAUCGAAAUCAAUGAAGUAGGAACAGAGAAUCACAAACUUUGUGCCCCCUCUCCUCUCCGCCGUCUCUCCUGGAGAUUCACGCUCUGCUGCUUCACUCAUUCACCUCACACACAAUAUACGAAUAUAAUGUACCUGUAUAUCCUGGGACUGGUGGCUCCCUGGUUCGUCUAUCGCUGGUACAAAGAAACCAAACGAGUGACCAACAAAGAAGAUAAAUACGUCUACAUCACCGGCUGUGACAGUGGGUUUGGUAAUCUGCUGGCGAGACACCUGGACGCGCAGGGCUUUAAUGUAAUUGCGGGAUGUUACACUGCGGAAGGUGAGGAUGAGCUGAAGAAGGUCUCCUCCGACAGACUGGCGACCGUUCACCUGGAUGUCACCGACUCCGAGAGUGUCGGCAAGACGGCAGCUCUCAUCAAGACUCUGGUUGGACAGAAUGGCCUGUGGGCCGUCGUAAACAACGCCGGAGUCGCUCUGCCAUCGGCUCCCAAUGACUGGCUCACUAUUGACGACUACAAGGACAUGAUAGCUGUCAAUCUGUGCGGUGUGAUCGACGUCACACUGAGCGUCCUACCACUCAUCAAGAAGGCCAGAGGCCGAGUGGUGAACGUCGCCAGCGUGUUUGGGCGCGUCACCCCGUUCGGCGGGCCGUACUGCGUUUCCAAAUACGGAGUGGAGUCCUUCAACGACAGUCUGCGGUUAAACAUGGCACCGUUUGGAAUCAAGGUUGCAUGCAUUGAGCCGGGCUUCUUCAGAACAAACGUGACUGAUACAGUGUUGAUGAAAAAUAACCUGAGGAGGCUCUGGGACAGAUUACCUCAGGAUGUGAAGGACGACUAUGGACCUGCUUUCUUGAACGAUUCUAUGGAAAUGUUGGAUCACAGGUUCAAGAUGUUGACGGACCACAACCUGAUGAAGGUGAUCGACUGCAUGGAGCACGCCGUGUCCGCCGUUCACCCUCGAACUCGCUACUCUGCCGGAUGGGACGCUAAGUUCUUCUGGUUGCCUACAUCGUACAUGCCAACCUGCAUCUCGGAUAGACUUUUCCUAAAAAACGCCCCCAGAAUAAAAACUGGCAAAUCAUUUAUUUGAGGGAAGAAAAAAAAAAUUGGGUUAAUUUGAAGAUCAUUUGUGUUUUGUUUGUUUUUUUGCUACAAUAAAUGUUUGUACAUGAAGGAUUACACCACUGACAUCGUCAUAUAAACAUUGUUAUAAAACA